UGGAUCCCACAUACGAUUCUUUCUCCAAUUUAAACGACUCCUCCAUGUCGAUCAUCGCCUUGGUUUAAUGGUGGAUUCCCGGAAUUCAUCCCUCAAAACAAAAGUUCAUCCUUUCAUUCUUUUAUGAAAAAACAGAUUAAAUAACCAAUGAUUCCAGGGGUGAAAGUGAAAGAAGAAAACCAAGAGGAUGAACAAGUUGUUAAGGAUUACAAGAUGAACUCUGUUUUGUCUCUGAAAGAUGUCCUGUUUCUCUCCAUGCUCGAUUCUUGUUUUCCAGUGAAAACACAUGAAGAUGUUUCUCCAAUGCCUACAGCAAGAAUUCCAAAGUCUUAUGUACCGCAAGUAGAGAAACAUUCAGAUACCUCAUCUGAAGGCUCAGUGAAAAGCAAGACGAAGUCCGAGGAGGAGGAAGCUAGACCAAAUAUUAGAGUGAGUUCAACUCCACGGCCCCGGGCCAUCAUUUCUAGUCCCGAUAACGAUGCGGUGAUCGGGUAUAAAAACAAGAUCGAAGGGAGACAACGGAGAGUUUCGAAGGAUCAUAGCACGGUUCGAAACCGACACACGACCCGGACCCACGUAUUUAAUGGAAAUCCGGUAAGAACGACCAGGUCCAAGAAUGAUGAUGGUCGUGAUGUCGAAAUCAGAGGGAAGAAAGGAUCGGGAACGACUGUUUCGGCUCGGACGAAACAACCUUUAACCGAAAGACCAAGCUGGCAAGAUCCCUAGAAGUGUAGCUGAAUAAUUCAAGAAAGAGAUACAUAUCCAAACAAAUAGUUUUUAUGGCAAGGAUGUAUGGAAAUAAUAAGGUCAAAUAUGUCAAGUCAUUUAACGUCUUAUUUUCUUAUUUUACCAUCGACUCUCUCAAAUAGUUAGAUUUUCCAACGUUUUCAUUUUCA